AUGUUGCCUGAUCUACUAGUUUUUCCAGCAUUUUCAGUUUUUAUUCUCUUCAUUCUCCAUCACCUCCAGAAUCACACUGAGAACCUCGAGGCCACACGUCAAGACCACGACCACACCUUCCCCCACCCAAAAUUUUAAAUAUUUGAUUUUUUUAAAUUUUCUAGUCCUGAUGAAAGAUCAUUGAUCUGAAACAUUACGUUUUUUCUCUCCACAAAUGAUGCCUGACCUGCUGAAUAUUUCCAGCAUUCAUUUCAGAUUUCCUGCAUAAUUGUAAGGUUCCUCAAUUGGCAGUAACACCGCCUCUCAAGUGUUUCCACCACUUUUAUUACUGCUACUGGGACGUUAUCCCUGUGUUACUUCCUCGGUUCCUCUCCGUCCUCUUUGUAUAACUCUCCGCAGGCGUUGCUUUAUAACUUCUUGUGCAAUAUCCUUCCCCUGGUCGGUGUCGCUGUGUGUGGCUGAUCCUAUGGUGCUGCUCUGCUCGCUGUUGCUGGCACUGGGCCCGGGCCUGGGCCUGGCCGUUGCCAGCCGCCCCGGGGUAGUGUUGCUCCUGGCCGAUGACCUCGGAUACGGAGAUCUGGGCUGCUUCGGCCAUCCGAGCUCCCGGACUCCUAACCUGGACCGGCUGGCAGCUUCGGGCCGGAGGUUCAGCGAUUUCUACAGCGCGUCCAGCGUCUGCAGCCCAUCUCGGGCAGCCUUGCUCACAGGCCGUUACCCUACACGGUCAGGAAUUUUCCCAGGCGUGUUCUACCCUGGAUCAAGGGGGGGACUUCCACUAAAUGAAACUACAAUUGCUAAGUUGUUGAAGCAACAAGGCUAUGUCACUGCCAUGGUGGGGAAAUGGCACUUGGGCUAUGGAUUCAAUGGGAGCUACCUACCCAUCCACCAUGGUUUUGAUGAAUUCCUGGGUGUUCCAUACUCCCAUGACCAGGGUCCCUGCCAGAACUUGACCUGUUUCCCACCGGACACCAAGUGUUAUGGAGAGUGUGACCAAGGAGUGGUCCUCUUGCCCCUGAUCAGGAAUGACAAGGUGGUCCAGCAGCCGGUCAGCUUUCCCAAGCUCACUCCACAGUACGAUGGCUUUGCAAGAGACUUCAUUCUAAGAGCAACAAAACAGCAAAAACCAUUCUUCCUUUAUUAUGCAUCACAUCACACCCAUUAUCCACAGUUUGCAAGUGCAGGCUUUACAAGAAAAUCUCAGAGGGGUCCUCUGGGGGACGCACUGAUGGAAUUUGAUGGUUCGGUGGGGCAGAUAUUGAAGGCCUUACGUGAUGCCGGAGUGGAGAAUAACACACUAGUCUUCUUCACCAGUGAUAAUGGCCCAGAGCUGAUGCGACGAUCACGUGGUGGAAAUGCAGGGCUGCUGAAGUGUGGCAAAGGCACCACAUAUGAAGGUGGAAUGAGGGAACCUGCAAUUGCCUACUGGCCUGGCCAGAUUGCUCCAGGUGUGACUCACGAACUGGCCAGCACCCUGGACAUCCUGCCAACAAUUGCCAGCCUCACAGGUGCAGAGCUUCCACACGUCAAACUCGAUGGAUACGAUAUGAGGGAUAUCCUCUUCAAUAACGGGAAGAGCAAACGGGACACCAUGUUUUACUACCCGGCAGCCCCCAGCAAGAAGCUGGGAGUUUUUGCUAUACGCAAAGAGCGGUAUAAGGCCCAUUACUACACUCAAGGUUCUACCCACAGUGACACCACUCCCGACCAUGCCUGUCAUUGGGACUCGCUACUUGCCUUCCAUGACCCUCCACUGCUUUUUGACUUGGAAGCUGAUCCUUCUGAGAACUAUCCCCUGAGCAGCUCCGACAUUCCCAAUUAUCACUGGAUAAUUGACCAGAUACACAAGGAAAAGUUGAUGUUUGAACAGGGAAUGGAGUUUGGGGAAAGCCAAAUUGAGAGAGGACUUGACCCAAAUCUCGAACCUUGCAUUAAAGUUGGGUGUAGACCCCGGCCUGCCUGCUGUAUUAAGACUUAAAAUGGAAGAAGGAAAGAAGGCAAAACACACCCUAACACCACUUACUAAAAACUAAUGACUGAUCUUAACGAGGGCUUCUGGGAGAUGGGGAGCAUUAGCAUUCUCCUGGUAGCUGGAAUCUCAGCUGCAACCUUAAGUAUUUUGGAAAUGAGAAUGAAAUCGAGUGACUUUGAGUGAAAGAAUAAUCCCAGAAAGGGAAGGACGGGUACUCAGGACCCCAUGAAAAAUCAACGUCCCAUUGAAUUUUGAUUAAUUACAACAUCCCUUUAAUCUUUCUGACUAUAUUUUUGAUGUGCAUUUUUGCUCAAUCAGUGAGUAUAGUGAUAGUUGGCUCUUACAUCAACUCAUAUAACGUCUGCAUUUUAUUGAUCUUGCCCAGCUUUAGCUCUUAACUAUAAUUUCAAUUCACAUGUACUUCUGUCUGAUUCUCACCCUAACUCUGUGAUCACUCAAAGGAGUUCAUUCCCACCUGUACAGGCUAUCACACCUGUCUGCAGUUCUAUGGUCAGUUGUCGUUUGCCCUCAAACACUUCUUUUUAUAUAUAUGCAAAGGUCACACGUGGCAAUAUGAUUGAAGCAAACCUGCUGUGUUCAAACAAGUCCAUAUUUGCCCAUGAAUAGGUUAUUCUAAAUUAGUCCUGAACUUAAAUCUGGCAGAAAAGUUGUUUGGUUUUGCGCUUAUCAGAACCUGCAAAAGCUCUUGCUUUGUAGAAUUCUUUUCUACUCUUUCACAAGUCUCAUAGACAGUAAGGCUAAAUAAGUCAUAUUUUAAAAAGCAGAUUCAAUAGGAGGCCAUAUGUCACUGGGUUAGUUCUGCUUAGGCCACUGUACAAGUAACUUCAUAAAAUCCAUUUCACAACCUGAGGAUGGCACGGUAGCGUAGCGGUUAGCACGAAGCUAUUACAGUGCCAGUGAUCGGGAGUCAAUUCCCGUCGCUGUCUGUAAGGAGUUUGUACGUUCUCCCGUGUCUGCGUGGGUUUCCUCUGGGUGCUCCGGUUUCCUCCCACAUUGCAAAGACAUUAAUUUGGGUUUAAAAUGGGCAGCGCGGACUCGCUGGGCCAGAAGGGCCUGUUACCACGCUGUAAAUAAAAAAACCUGCUUUUAAAGAUUCCCUUUCAAGUCCUCGUGAUUCCUCAUGGCAUGCUGGGAUAGGAAAUUUGGUCCGUUUUACUUGUGAAGGCUACAAGUGUGUUUACAGUACAGCCACUUGAUGUCCAUAAUGUUGAUUUAUCUUGGAUUAAAUGCAUUCUUGCUGCACUCUUAACCAUAGCAUAGUCAAUAUUAUUGUGAUCCUGAGUUCCAAGUGGCCUGUGUUGCCCACACUCCAAUUGCAUUGAAGACCUAUAACUUUUUAUCUCAUCUCCCUCAGUCUUCCUUCCCUCCUACAACUUCCAAACCUUUGUGUCAUCUCAACAAUACUUUAUACCUCAUGUUCUCUGCUUCCGCUACCUGCACCAAUUGCUUUUGCUUUGGACAAGGGCAAUCUAGGAUUUUUCUUAGUAGGAAGGAGAGUUGAAACGAGGAGGUCAUUCCGCUGUCAUCCUUUAACCUCAACUCCUUUUUCCUCAUCUCUGUUUCACACCCCUGGAUUUGUUUUGAAAACUCCAUUCGACUGUCAGUCUCCACAGCCCUUUAAUGAAAAGAGUUCAGACUUCUGCUCACCUUUGUGUGAAGAAGAGAUUUCUAAUUUCAUUCUUGAAAUGCCUGGGUUUAAUUAAAAGGAGAUGUCUUUUCAUUCCUGUUUUCUUCACCAAAGGGAAUAAUUUCCAUCUAUAUCUACACCACUGAAUCACCUAACGACUGUAAGUACCUCAACCAUCCAAACUCAAAGGAAUCCAAAGUAGAAAAUGUGUUAUUUUAGCAUCCAGGUUUUUAACAUGGUUAAAUAUUGAAUUUUGGGGAUAUGAUCUUGGUGGCCUCCUCUAUAAGGAAGCAGUUUGUAAAACUAAUAUUCAGUGAUUACAUUGUGGUGAUCAGCAAAUCUUUUAUUAUCUGAGUGAAAAAUUAACUUCACUAACUAAUCAUUAUAUGCUUCUUUCGUAUGCUCAGGAUAUGGUUUUCGUGAACAUGGGUUAAAUGAAUAAGCCCCACUAAUUACCUAUUGUCACUGAGGCCUAUGGAGCGAUAUGGUUGGGGUGCCUUAUUGGCUGUGCUGGAUUUGCCAAUCCUGCUUACUGAUUAUGCAAGAAUGGUUAUUGGUGUCUGGGUUAUAGAGGGUCCCUGCUUUUUUUUUUAUUGCUGUCUACAGACACUGCUGGGAAGCUUGGGUGUGGGCAUCAGUUGACUUUGUAUCUACCAUUCCCACCAUCCUUCCAAAACCCUGCUGCUGACAGUGACCAAAGAAAUAGCCUCUCAUGUGAAGUAUCAGAGUACUCCCAGGGUCUGUGGAACUGCACCCCAUGAGUCAGCAGCUGCAAGAGGGGAAAGUGAACUGUAACACCAAAUUCUGCCUUCAGGAUGGGAGGAAAUAAGCAUUAAUGUGAAAUAAAAUGAAAUAUUUCUCUGUCA